AUGAUUAACAUUUGUUUCAGUUCACAACUUUCUACCAUGUUGGCUAUAAAAAGAGUUGGUUUAUUAGUAUCUGAACGUGGCUAUGCAACAGCAUCGACAUUUCGAGCUGCUGAUACGAUCGUAAAGAAAACUGAACGUGGAAAUCCGAAACCCGAUCCAAACAAGUUAGUUUUCGGUGCAACUUAUUCUGACCAUAUGUUAACGAUCAAACAUACAAAUAAGGCUGGUUGGGGAAAGCCUGUGAUUGAACCGUUGACGGAUCUGAAAAUUCAUCCUGGUGCCAAAGUUCUACACUAUGCAACUGAACUUUUUGAGGGCAUGAAAGCUUAUCGUGGCGAUGAUGGCAAAAUUCGACUUUUUCGACCAGAUUUGAAUAUGAAACGAAUGCUUUCCACUGCUGAACGAAGUGUUUUACCCACUUUCGAUGGUAAUGAGUUAUUGGAAUGUAUUAAAAAACUGGUACAAGUUGAUGCUGAAUGGGUACCGAGAUCGAAGUCAAGUACACUUUACAUUCGGCCAACAUUAAUCGGCACUGAACCAACAUUGGGCGUCGCUGCUCCAUCUGAAUCAUUGUUGUUCGUCGUCACUGGCCCGGUCGGUCCGUACUUUCCAACUGGCUUCAAACCUGUUUCAUUAUUAGCAGACACAUUCCACUGCCGAGCAUUUCCCGGUGGUAUGGGUGCGUUCAAAGCCGGAUCAAAUUAUGGUCCAACGAUUUAUGUUAACAAACUUGCUCAAGAACAAGGUUGUCAACAAGUCUUGUGGUUAUACGGCGAAAAACGAUAUAUCACAGAAGUUGGUACGAUGAAUGUGUUCAUGUGCAUCAAGAAUAAAAAAGGCGGUGUCGAGUUGGUGACUCCACCCUUAAAUGGUCUCAUUCUACCUGGUGUUACGCGCCAGAGUAUUAUCGAUCUUGGUCGCACAUGGAAGGAUAUCACUGUUUCCGAACGUGAUAUAACAAUAGAUGAACUCUUGGAAGCACAACAAGACAAUCGACUCUUGGAAAUGUUUGGUGCGGGCACAGCAGCCAUCGUCUGUCCCGUAGAACGCAUCGUAUACGAAGGAAAAUCGUACGAUUUAGCCACUAUGGACAAAGCCGAUUCCAUGAUGAAAUCGUUGAUAUUCAAUUUGGUCGAAAGCCAAAUCAUGAUGUAUUCUUUAUUUUUCGCAAUAAGCCUCUUUUACUCCCUUAUAUUCAUCUCCGGUUCGCAAUCAAAGCGUGUUGGUGAUGAAAUGUAUGUAUCAUUCGAUCGCGCACGCUACUGUGUUCGCCGUCUGAAUGCAACACACGAAAUUGGCUGUCAAUCGACUACAAGAGGCAAUUCCGGUCGAAUGUAUAUGAUUGAGAAUGACGAAGAAUUCAAAACUUAUCUUCAAGGCGAUAAAAUGAUCGAUUCAGUUACUUCGUUUAUCAUUGUCAUGAAUGUCAGAUUAUUCGAUUCAAGUCAUGUCGAUCAGUUAAUGAAUCGUCUUCAAUCAAAACUAAAUGGUCUUUUAUUAUAUCUCAAAUCAAACUCAUCUCGUCCCGAAUACUUUUCAUCCGAUGAUCAAUGUCCGAAUCAUCGUUAUUCGUAUUAUUUAAAUCAAACAGAAACAGUCAAUUGGAAUUCAAAGGGCACUGGUUUAUUUUUUCGUUCAUUUCCAUUUCCGAUCAUGUUAAUCGAUGAAAAAGAUGAUUAUGAACAACUAGUACGAUUCUAUCGACAAUUCAACAGCAGCCAUUCGUCACCGGCUUGUGGUCUAGAAUUGAAAACCUUUCAAAAUGCCGCACAUACAUCGAAAACAUGUAUGAGACGAAACGAUAUCACACACUCACUGAUAGAUCUACCAGAAAUGUUCUGCGAUCCAAUCGGUGGCUUGAAUAUUUACAGCAAAUUACCACAAAUGAUUACAAGUAUCCCUCAAGAACGUCAACCCAAAUCAGUUGUUCUGAUUCUAGCAGCGACAGAUAGUUUUCAAAUGUUUACGAAAAUACAGGGAUCAACUGGUGGUGCUCAGCAACCGGCGGUAGCGCUCAUUUCACUUCUCACACUUGCACAUCUAGUCGGACAAGUACAAGAUGAAGUUCGAAAACAAAACAAAGAACUUGUUUUUCUGACAAUCGAUGGUGACACAUUGGAUUACUCCGGUUCUAUCAAAUUUCUCUACGAUAUGAACAGAGGUUCGUUUCCAGGGGGUAACAAAAACGAACAACGCAUUAAACCGGAACAUAUACAUUCAAUUAUCGAACUUCAAGCUUUGAGUAUGACUGAUCAACUUUGGCUUCAUUCAUAUCCGUCAUCGUUAACCAAUCAAACAUUUAUCAAUACUCUUGUUAGUAAUCAGCCAAUGAUCAAACCUAUCUCACCUGAUUCUCCUCUACCACCAGCAUCUUCGCAAAUCUUUCUUCGAGAAACAUCCUCUUCAUUAUUUCCUGCUUACAUCUUAUCAUCAGCCGAUGCAACUCAAUUGAACAAUCCUUACUACCAUUCAUUUUUCGAUGAUCCAUCAACACUAUCAAUCGAUUUAUCAACAUUAGAAUAUAAUUCUACGACUAAACUUAGUCUAUGGGUAAAACGUGUAGUUGAACCAUUAGCUCAAACUUUGGUUGAAUCCUUUGUUGGUGCCAGAGUCAAUGUUAACAUCCAACAAGAGAUUAUCAAUAAUUUGGUUUACUGUAUUUUGAAAAAUAUCAACUGUCCUCUUAUUCAUAAUGUUUCCAAUCAAUCUGUUGGAAAUACAUUCGUUCCAUUCGAUGAAACGCCCAUGCCAUUUACAAUCAAUAGCUAUCCCACAGCAAAAACACCGACCUUUCCUUUCAUACAGUAUGUUCUCAGUUAUUUCCUGCGCGAUCGCUCGUAUGAUUUCCUGAAUUUUACACGACUCUCAUGUAAAGAACGUGCUAGUAAUGAUAGCUUUCGUUCGUAUCGAUUCGUUGGUGGAUAUUUGCCUUCACUAAGUGAAAAUUCAUCUCUUCCUGGCUAUUGCGUUCGAUCAUAUCUACGAUCUGUACAAUCCAUAUCUCCCGCAUUUGUUAUCGAUGGUUAUGAUCUCUCUCAAACAACUUAUCCAGCAUGGACUGAAAGUCGUUGGACGACAAUUAGUCUAAGAGUCUUUAUAAUUCCAACGGGUACACAUGAAGUAGUGACACUCAUUAUUGGAAUUCUACUAUUUUCUGUCUCAUUUUUCGUUCUACUUGCUCUACGUCAUUUCACUAAGUUGAGUCUCUUGCAACCGUCAUGUUCGUGA